AUGAGAUUCAGAAAAGCGGACUUCGACCCUUGUGUUUUCAUCCACAAAACAGGGGAAGUUGUCAUCGCCAUCUACGUGGACGAUAUCCUUAUCUUCUAUUGGUCCGUUGAACGCAAAAACCGCGUCAGCCUCCAACUCCACGCAGAAUUCGAAAUGACGGAAACUGGUACACCCAACUGGGCACUCGGGAUCCAUCUGAUCCACAAUAAGACCGGCGUGAUCCUAUCACAGGAAGCCUAUCUCAAGCGUGUACUUAUCAAAUACGGUUUCGAUGAAUCUAGACCUGUAGCAACACCUAUCGACAACAAUGUUCACCUACAAAAGGGAACAGAAGCAGAGAAAAUCGACGAUCCAACAAUCUAUCAGUCGAUAAUCGGUUCAUUAAUAUAUGCAGUAAUCGGUACCAGACCGGACCUUGCCUACACUGUCACCAUGCUCUCACAAUUUUCCUCCUGCCCCACUAAAGCCCACCUGGCUGCAGUCCAUCGCGUCCUUCGUUACCUCAAGGGUACCCUCGAUUGGUCACUCUUCUACGCAAAAACGCCAUCCACUGCACUCAUCGGCUUCAGUGACGCAAGCUAUGCCUCUGACAUCGACGAUCGCCGCUCAUUUACCGGCCACUGCUUCAUGCUAGGGGAAGCUCUCAUCUCCUGGCGUUCUUAUAAGCAGCGCUCCGUCGCCACCUCUACUACUGAGGCAGAAUACAUGGCUCUUUCGGAUACUAGUCGACAAUUGAUCUGGUUAAGGAAUGCGAUACAUGAGUUGGAACGGAAACCGAAACUUUCUUUUAUUCUUCGUGGUGAUAAUAAUUGUUCUUUGUCCUUGGUUAAAAAUCCUGUCUUUCAUAAAAGAUCUAAACAUAUUGAUGUGCAUUUUCAUUUUGUUCAGGAAUGA